AUGGUCCCGAGUGUCGUCGGUGCCGCCACCGUGCAAGGUCUGGCGGUCUACCUUGCCGUCCUCGGACUGCCAGCAUGGACGGCUCUCGGCUCGCUGGAAGACCAUCACCCUGCCAACCUCGGCAUGGUCACGGGUGUCGUCGUCAUGCUCAUGCUCGUACUGCAUGUCGUGUACCCGCUCCUCUCGCGGGCGCCCCAGGCGAGCCUUCGUCGUGCUGGCGCGAGCGUUGCGCUGACGUCAGCUACCGUUGCGCUCUUCCACGUGCUCCUCAUCUUUUUCGGGGCGCCCGUCCUCGACCUCGUGGAUCGGACGCUAAUGCUGGCUACGUUGCUUGCGUUCCUCUGUGUGCUGCCUUUGACGACCGCUGUCGGCCUCGUCUCGUUCGACGCUUACGUUGAGACGGUGUUGCACCAAAGAUGGCGCUCCCACGACGAGCGGCAAGCGACGUGCACCUUUUUGGGCACGCUCUUCGGCGCGUACAUCGGAGCGCUCCUCCUCCCGCUGGAUUGGGACCGACCGUGGCAGCAAUGGCCGCUGCCCUGUGUGUACGGCGCUGUGUACGGCCAUCUCGUCGGGCUACUCGUGUCGACUCUCUGGCACGUAUUCUCGCAUGGCAUUCAUAAGCGAUACGACUAA